GAGCCGGAUGACUUGAUGCCUGAUGAUUCGGUGCCCGCUGUCGUGCCAGUUGACUUGGUGCUUGCUGUCGAGCUUGGUGACCCGGUACCCGCUGUUCUGCUAGAUGGCUUGGUGCCCGCUGACUUGCCAGGUGACUGUGCCCGCGGUUCUGCUAGAUGGCUCGGUGCCCGCUGACAUGCCCGGUGACUCGGUGCCCGCUGACUUGCCAGAUGGCUCGGUGCCAGCUGACAUGCCCGGUGACUCGGUGCCUGUUGACUUGCCAGGUGACUCUGUGCCCACGGUUCUGCUAGAUGGCUCGGCCCGCUGACGUGCCCGGUGACUCGGUGCCCGCUGUCGUGCCAGAUGACUCGGUGCCCGCUGACGUGCCUCUGCCCGCUGCACAGCC